AUGGGGAGCACAGUUCUAUUUGCACCGUCUGACAAGAGCUGGGAUGACCACAUCCAGAUCACACUAUUCGUGCCAGCGGCCCUCUUGCUUGUCUAUCUAUUUUACAAUGAACUCGUUCGUUUCCAGCUCAGAGUGCCUAACCUCCCUGGUCCGCGGGGUUUUCCCCUGGUGGGUAGCUUGCCAUCGCUGAGCGGCACGAUCACGUCUGAAGAGCUACGAAAAUGGGCCGGCAAAUACGGCGAUGUAUUCCAAGUCCAGCUGGGAAAUUCGACCGUCGUAGUAGUCAACACCACAGCUGCCGCCGAGGCCCUGUUCAUUCGCCAGCGUGAGGCCACCAACUCGCGACCCAUUUUCUAUGUACUGCAUAAGAAAGUUCAGCGAAACGGCCCCGUCACCAGCAUCGGCACCAGUCCAUGGGAUGAUAGCUGCAAGCGUAGGCGCAAGGUCGCUGCAUCAGCGUUGAAUCGCGUCAGUGUUGAGAGUUAUCUCCCGAUCCUCAAUAAAGAAUCAAGAGCCUGGCUGGUAGAUCUUCUGCGCGAUUGUGAUGGUGGAAAUACUGCGCUGGACGUUAUGUUGCCUGCUCGCAAGUUCGCCAUCAAUUUGAGUCUCACAGUCAGUUAUGGCACACGCGUUGAAUCUAUAAAGGAAUUCUCCACAAACGAUAUUCUCAAAGAGAUCAUCUACGUUGAAGAAGAGAUUUCCCGCCUCCGCGAAACAUCCAGCAACUACGACAACUACAUCCCUCUUCUCCGCCCUCUCAACUCUGUUGCUGCCGCUCUUGGCCUUAAAGACGGCACACAUCUCGCUUCAAUAGGAAAGCGUCGUCAUUCCUACCACGCGAAGCUUCAGGCUAGGCUACGCGAAGAGAUCGCCGCGGAGACUGACCAGCCGUGCAUCCAGGGAAACGUACUCCGCGACCCGGAUAGCAAGGGACUUUCCGAAGGUGAGUUACUGAGCAUAAGCCUCAGCAUGAUGGCUGGUGCAGAUACAAGUAAGCGGACGCUCAUGUGGGCAUGUCUUUUGCUGGCACAUCGGCCGAACCUGCAGGAGCGAGCAUACAAGGCCAUCCAGGAGACAGAUCCGACGUUACUAACAAAUCCGGAUGUCGCACACUCCAGGGUUGAGUACAUUGAGGCAUUGACGAAGGAGAUUGGGAGGUAUUUCAUUGUGCUGAGACUUGCUUUGCCGAAGGCGACGCAUAGAGAAGUCCGGUGGAAUGGGGCCGUUAUUCCAGCAGGGACGAUGGUAUUUUUAAACUCAUGGGCCUGCUCGAGAGACCCGGCCGUCUUCCCAGACCCCAACACUUUCGCCCCUGAGCGCUGGCUGGAUAGCCAGAGCCAGUCUCAUCAGCAUCAGUACGCAUUUGGCAUUGGAGGUCGCAUGUGCGUCGCCAGCCAACUCGCCGCAAAAGCGCUUUACACCGUGUUCUUGCAUCUGAUCGCGCAUUUUAAGCUGUUGCCUGCCGAUGGGGAGUUAAGUCCAGAUGCUGCAGAUCCGUUGAGGGGCUUGUUAGAGAAGGAGAACUCCAGAGUGACGCCGCGUGUUCGCCAUGUGCGUUUCGUGCCUAGGGAUGUCGAUAUUACGAGGAAGAUGCUAGCUAAGAAGCCGUGA